GUACGGUUUUCCAUUUGCGUGGGUGACAGUGAAGUAAACGCAUGGAGAACAUCCCACGAUGGCGUCCUCUGCAUUGUUGGUAUUGCUGUUACUUCAGUUUGGACUUGGACAAAGCUCUCAUAAGAAUCUUCAUGAAGACCAUUUUAUUGGCCAGCAGCACAACCCUGAACACGACAUGAAUGUCCUGCUGGGAGAUGAGGACACCGAGGAGAUCAAGAAACUUAGCCCAGCACAACAGAGGAAAAAGAUGAUGGAAAUUGUAAAGAAGAUUGAUACAAAUGCUGAUAAUCUACUAAGCCCAGAGGAGAUCACUCUAUGGAUUCAGCAUGUCUACAGAAAAUAUGCUCUGGAUGAUGCAGAUGAGCGGUUCGCUGAGUUUGACACUGACAAAGAUGGUGUCGUAGCAUGGGAAGAAUACAAUAUGGUUGCUCAUGACCAGCUCAUCAGUUUUGAUGACAGCGCAGUUCUGGAGGAUCCAGAGCAAGAGUCUCUCAGACACCUCCAUCUGAAGGAGAGGAGGCGCUUUGACUUUGCUGAUGUGGACGGCACACCCGGCCUUAAUGUAACAGAGUUUCUUGCCUUCACCCACCCAUCUGAAGUGGAUCACAUGGCUGAUUUUGCCAUUGAAGAUGUGUUGAGUGAAUAUGACACAGAUAAAGAUGGAUUCAUCAGUCUAAGUGAAUUUAUUGGAGAUGUCCGUGGUGAUGAGGAUUCCCCUUCACAGUGGGAGAUUGAAGAAACAGUGCGGUUUAAAGACCUCUAUGAUCAAGACAAGGACGGCAAGUUGAAUCGAGAUGAGCAGCUUCGCUGGGUUGCGCCUAAUAGCUACGGUUCAGCAAGAGAAGAGGCUCUUCACCUCAUCAAGGAAAUGGACAGCAAUGGAGACGGGCAGCUCUCAGAGGCUGAAAUUUUGAAAAAUCAAGAAACAUUCAUGAACAGUGAAGUGACAGACUACGGCAGACAGCUGCAUGUAUCACAUGAUGAAUUAUAACUUUAUGUUCUUGUUUAUUGAGUCUCCAUGUAGAUGUCAUUUAGUUGAUUUCCUGUGUUGUACGCUGACAUUCGUCAUGAGAUUAACGCCACCUUGUCUGUCCUUUGAUCAAUUUGCAAUAGUAAAUGACAUAUGGACAAGAUAACAGGAAACAUAUGUUGCAACACAUGCACCAACACAAGCAGCACAUUCCACAAUGUCCAGAGUGUCAGCAAAAUAUGAAUAUGAGAAGCUUCACAAAGUAGUGUGUGUUGCAGGGAUGUUAUAUUGGAUUGCAUAAUAUUGUAAGUCCAUCCUCUUAUUUUACCCCCUCCUGUGAAUGUAGCACAUACUCCUGAAGAGCAGGGAGGUGUGACUCAGAGUACAAUUUUAACCACUUCUUCCAAAAACAACAAACCGACAGGCCUGUUAAUUACUAUCAAAUUAAUUGGACUUUGUUUUGAUCACAUGUGUGUGAACUGUAAUUGAAGAAUUGUAGCUGUGUAUCAUUAUUAUAGUUGUUUCUUCACUUGUGCCAAAAGUGAGAUGACAGGAGUAUCAGUCCAGCUGUGGUAACGGCUGACAUGUUGCAGCUCUUCCUCAUUUAAAUCAAAUGAGUUUUUGAGUGAGUGAGUGCUGCUGUUUGAAGGCUGGUUUCCUGAAUGUGUCAUGACAUAUUUUCACUUGCAUCGAGCAACAGCUUGUUAAACUGCGGAGCGUUGUAAAGUGAAUUAAGGUUGAGUGGAUUCUUCAACAGGGACCUUUUUUUAACCACCGCCAAGAUGUCAUUAGAAUUUAAAGAUGCCUUUUGGGUGAGUUAGUGCGAUGCUACUAAUCCCUACAUGUUUUGUACUGUUUAGAGCUGCAGCUUGAAGGUGAGUUUUUUACUGAGCUGUCAAGUCAUUGUUGUAUUCAGUAUGUUCACUGGUGUUUUUGAAGUAUAAAGUUUUAUGUGCUUUUCCAUU